AUGGCUAGACUCUCCGGCCUUCAGCGGGACGUCUUAUCCCUCUACCGCCAGUGUCUCCGCGAAAUCCGCAAGAAGCCGAUCGUGCGUACUCUCCACUCGGCGGAAUUCCAAAAACACCUCUCGGUGAGCAAGAAAGACUUUAGCACCGUCGAAUAUCUACUGCGCAAGGGCCAGCGCCAGCUAGAAAUGUACGCUUCCCCGGGAAUUCGCAACAUCCGAUGA